AUGAGGCAUUUUGUGCUGAGGUGCCCGACAUCGCUGAACUUGUUGGCGCGUUCAGGAGGACCAGCAGCAUGGUGCCGAUCGGGUGGGACGAUCGCGUCCGGAGCAGACUUGUGUCGGGAGGGGCAGGGCUUCCCCCGGUUGAGGCACCUCCAUGGAAUACACACCGAGGCCAUAAAGGAGGCGUACCCCGCGGAAGAGGAAGGAGUGGAAGACCCACUGAUGGCCCAAAAUAGUGAAAUGAUAAUUCAGCGGUAUAGGAAGUUUAUAGAGGAGAGGCGGGGGGAGGGGAACGGCCCUGUGGGUUCUUCCUCCAGACGGGAGAUGUACGACCCGCUGGGGUUCCCCUCCGAAGUUUGGCCGGAAUUUGGGCCCGAAGGUGGACCAGAACUUCGACCCGAAGCUGGUGUCGAAACUGCCGCCAAAACCGCCGCUCAAAAUGCCGCCAAAACCGCCGCUCAAAAUGCCGCCAAAACCGCCGCUCAAAAUGCCGCCAAAACCGCCGCUCAAAAUGCCGCCAAAAUCGCCGCUCAAGAUGCCGCCCAACCCGCCGCGAACCCGACGGACCAAAAGUACGUCAUCCUGAAGAAGCAGAUCUCGAAGGAAUUCAUUCACCAGGUGUUCCUCCCCCACGUGGAGUCGCAAAUUAUGUACCAUUUGAAGACCUACACGCCGAACCAAAUCGUAAACAUCUUUAAGAUUUAUUCCUACCUCUACUACUACGACAAGAAGAAGGAGAUGGUCUCCGCUCUUCUGGAUUAUCUUGAGUACCGACUGGACUGCUUCAGUGUGCAAGACGUCCUCCUAGUGCUAGAGCCCCUGUACCUCCUGAAUCGAACGAAUAACUUUAAUAUUUACCGUCUAAUUAUUAAUCACCUGCACAGGGUCAGGGAGAAAAUGAACCUCUACAAUUACAUUGGUGUGUCCAGAGUGUUCACGAAGAUACUUAUCGAUUUGACUUUUGAGGAGAAAGAGAUGAGGGGGAAAAAUAUUUUGUCACGCUUGUUUUACCAUUUGAAGCAGAGGAAAUACAGGAAGGGCAUUCCUCCGGAGCAAAGGAGGAUUUCUCACUGGGACUUCCUCGUUCGUUUCAUGGCCGAUGUGGUUGAGCACGUGGAGGGGCAGCUGCGAUUGCUGUCCGCCAUCGAGCUCACCGACCUGCUCAGCGUUAUGGCGAACUACUCCUUCAGCAGUGGGUACAGCAGGUACGAAGUGGCCCUGUUGGGGCAGGAGAGCGGGAUGGAUACCCCCCAGUGUGGGUCCCCCCCGAGUGGGCGGUCUACCCAACACGGAAGUGAGGCUUGUAGGCACCCCCCCCUGAACGUACACACCCUGAGCAGCCAAAACUCCUACCUCUUCAAGGAGAAUAUCGUCUCUUUUCUAAUCACGCGGGAAGUUAAGUCCAAAUAUCAGGACCUCAGCACGCUCCACCGAAUAACUAACUUCCACAAUUUGACGAAAUUGUUCAUAUACGACGAGGAGUACCUCCAGAUGAUUGAAGAAGACCUGAGAAACUACCACUACAUAAGCAACAUUCACCACAGGUAUCUGUCCCUUCUAGUGUGGUGCUUAUUCAAGUAUAGGAGGUUGGAGAAGCACAUAGCUCAGCUGAAACCAGUCAUCUUACACAACAUACACCAUUUCAAUGCGAAGGAUCUUUCCAGACUGUGUCAUGCCAUUCGCGAUGAUAAUCAAACCCUCAUCAACAUAGCGAACAAUUUAGUUAGCCAAAUUGAGACCAUGUCUGUGAACGAUUUUUUGUGUUACUUUUAUGUCGUUGUUUGUCUUGAUUUGUUGCCCUAUGGUGGGGGGUCAGGGUCAGCCAGGCGGGGUCAGCAGGGGGAGGGAGAACAUCCAUCCAAGGAGCAGAGCGACUCAGGAGAAAGGAGAGACAACUUAGGACAAAGAAGAGACACCCCUGUCGAUACGGACAGCCACACCCUGUCCCUCUUUAACAAAAGUACCAUUCUACAGAAAUGCACCAAAUACAUCAACGAGAAUAAAAAAAAUUUGGGAAAAAACGAAAUGACCAAAAUUGUUUUGUUGCUAAAGAGGAAGAAAGGAGGCCAAUAUCUGUACGUUCUGGACUUGCUCCCUGAGGAGUGGAAGGGGAUCCUCCAUCUGGUUAACUGA